AUGGCUAAUCAAAGAAGUAAUGAAGCGGCCAUAAAGAAUUUAGAAAAUCAAGUGGGUCAACUUGCAAAGCAAUUGUCCGAGCAACAACCGGGAUCAUCCUUUUCCGCCAACACCCAAACCAAUCCAAAAGAGCAUUGCAAAGCCAUUGCUACAAUAAGUGGGAAGAAGGUGAAUAGUGGCGUGAAUGAAGAGGUUAUAGUGGAAGAUGAGGAGGAAGUAAUAGUUGAAGAUGAAGAGGAGGAAUUGAUAGUUGAAAAUGAGGGAGAAAAGACAUUAGAACAAAUGCCAGAAUAUGCAAAAUUCAUGAAGGAUAUUCUCACCAAGAAAAAGAGGUAUUCAGAAGAGGAGACCAUUCUACUUGAUGCUCGUUGUAGUGCCAUAAUUCAAAAGACACUACCAAAGAAAGAAGCCGAUCCGGGACGUGUCACUUUGCCGGUUACAAUUGGAUGUCAUUGCAUAGGUAAUGGUUUGAUUGAUUUGGGCUCAAGCAUUAAUUUAAUUCCAUUGUCUAUCAUCAAGAGAUUAGGAAACAUCGAGAUGAAGCCAACCCGAAUGACUUUGCAACUAGCCGAUAAGUCUCUCACUUCUCCUUACGGAGUUGCGCAAGACAUGCUAGUCAAAGUGGACAAAUUUUUGUUCCCAGUAGAUUUUGUGGUAGUUGAUAUGGAAGAAGACCGUGAUGUACCAUUAAUACUUGGAAGACCUUUCAUGAAAACAGCCCGGAUGAUGAUUGAUAUAGAUGAUGGUCUUAUGAAGGUGAGAGUGCAAGAUGAAGAAGUUACUUUCAAUCUCUUUGAAGCCAUGAAGCAUCCCAAGGAUAAACGUGAUACAUUCCGAGUUGAUGCUACCGACGAGGAAAUUAAGGAGGUUGCUAAUCAAGUUCACAUCUCUAAUCCUUUGGAAAGAUCUCUUAUAGGAGCAUACAAUGUCUUAUCCGAGAUUGAAGAAAAAUAA